AUGACCGACGAAUCUUCUUCAUCAAUUUCAUAUCCUCCAAUUAAAAAAUAUAAAAAAUCUUUGAAAUUAAAUAAUAAUACAAAUAAUAAUAAUAAAAAUAAUAAUAAUCAUAAUAAUAGAGAUAUAGUAAUGCAACCUAAUUCAACAGAUGAAGAAAGUAGUGAUAAUGAAAAAAUAGGAUUUUCAGAUCCAGAAAAUGAGAAAAUAAAUAAACAUAAAGCAUCAUUUAAAGAUAGUAAUGAUGAAAAUAAUAACAAUAGUACUUAUUAUGAAGAUACAGAUGAUGACGAUUAUGAAGAUGAAGAUGAAGAUGAAAAUCAUAAAAUUAAAGAUGAAAGUGAUAAUAGUGAAGAUUUUAAUAACCAUACUAAAAAUACUACAGAUCUUGAUGAAGGUUUUAAAUCUACAGUAAAUGGAUCUGAAAGUGAAGAAGAAGAAGAAGAAGAGGAAUAUGAAGAAGAAGAAGAAGAAGAUGAAGAAGGCAAAUUUAAUUUAGAUCAAUAUGAUGAAUUUUAUGAAGAUGAUGAUGAUGGUGAUGAUGAUGAUGAUGAUGAUGAAAAUGCACAAGAUAAAGUGGAAAUACUUCAAAUUGAACAUCAAAAUCUUGAUAAUGAUAAUGAUAAUGAUAAUGAUUAUGCAAAUGAUAAUAUAUAUACAAAAGCAAAAGAAGCAUUACAUUUAUCAGCAGUACCAGAUAAAUUACCAGGUAGAGAGAAAGAGAAAGCAACUAUUGCAUCAUUUAUUAGAGCGAAAUUAAAAGCAAAUGAGUCUGGUGGCUGUCUUUAUAUUGCAGGUAUGCCAGGUACUGGUAAAACCGCGACUGUAAAAGAGAUCAUCAAAGAGUUACAAGCUAAAAAAAAACAACAAGGUGGUGGUGGUGGUUUGAAUUUUCAAUUCAUAGAGAUCAAUGGUAUGCAAUUAUCAGACCCACAUCAACUUUACCAUAUUCUGUAUAAUAAAAUGCAAAAAACUAGAAAAUCAUUAGAACCAAAGAAAAUAUCGAGUCAGGAUGCAUUGAGAUUAAUUCAAAGGAAUUUCGAGUUAAAGAAUAAGAAAAAACAAUUUAGAGUGAUUCUAGUGGACGAAUUCGAUAGUUUAAUAACAAAGAAACAAACGGUAAUUUAUAACUUAUUCGAGUGGCCUAAUAAACCAAAUUCGAAAUUAAUCAUUAUUGCAAUUGCAAACACAAUGAAUUUACCAGACACACUUUUACCACGUGUAAAGAGUAGAAUGGGCUUGCAGAAAGUUCCAUUCACACCAUACAAUAUCGAACAGUUGGAAACUAUCAUUAAAUACAGGUUACAGGAUUUAGAUGCAUUUGAUGAGGAGUCAAUUCAAAUUUGUUCGAAAAGGGUCGCUGCGGUUUGUGGUGAUGCUAGAAGGGCGUUGGAAAUUUGUAGAAAGGCAGCAACAAUUGCAAAUCAAGAAUAUCAAAAGAAAUUAUUAAUUUUUAAUAAUAGUAAUAAUAAUAAAUCAUUGAGUGGUAGUCAAAAAUUACCAAUACCAGGCCCGAUCACUGCAGAUCAUAUUGAGGAGGUUUUUGAACAAUUCUCAUCACCACUUUUAAAGAAAUUAAAUCAAUUAUCAUUUUAUGAAAAAUUAUUUCUAUUAUGUAUUUGUAGAGAGAAUCAAUUUUCAAAUGUUCCAGAGGUUAAAUAUGGUACAAUUUCAACUAGAAUGCGUAUCAUUACAAAGAAAAUCAAUGUUUCAUGUCCAAAUCCAACUCAAUUAUUUCAAUUAGCUGGUAAUUUAUUAGGUUGUAAAUUUAUAAUCAUUCAAGAUGAUAAACCAAUAAAUUGGGAUCAUCAAAUUAAAUUAAAUUUACCUUUAGAAGAUUUAUCAUUUGGUUUAGAACAAGAUCCAGAUUUAAAAAAUUUAGAAAUUAGUAAUAAUUAA